AUCUUGCCUUUCAAGCCCCCCCCCCCCGGCCCCCGCCCCGAGGGAGGGAUCUGAUUUUCUGUCCUGACUCUGAGGGCCUCCCUGGAGCUGCACGGGGACCCCAGGCUCCCGCCUUGCAGCUCUGUUUGUUUUGAAGAUCUGUCAUCCAGGCAGGAUGAAGUGCUCCGCUCGCACGCUGAAGAUGUCAGGCACACCCCCCUGACCUUUUUCCCAGCCCAGCAGCUCUGAUGAGUGGGCAGCCCUUGAGCCUGGAGACCCACAGCCACACUUGGAUGAUUUUACAGGAAUCAGUGAGAGGUCUGAGCAGCUCCGCAGGGGCCGCCUCCCAGCGCCGCAGACAUGGCCAACAGGACCAGCGCCCCCGCCCCGUACGACAGCUACGAGUACUACCUGGAUUACGUGGACCUCAUUCCCGUGGACGAGAAGAAGCUGAAAGCCAACAAACAUUUGAUUGUCAUCGCCUUCUGGGUGAGCCUGGUGGCUUUCGUGGUGUUUCUCUUCCUCAUCCUGCUCUACAUGUCCUGGUCAGGCUCCCCGCAGACCAGGAACAACACCCAGCACCACCCAACAUGCCCCUGGAAUCUUGGCCUCAACCUCUCCCUCUGCUUCUGGAGGCACCCCGCACGCCACAGGGCUCCUGACGGACGCUGCAGCCUCCACCGAGCUUGGUUGAGGGACCAGGCAGCGGCAGAGCAUCUGGCCCCCUCCAGCGGCUGCAGUGGGAGAGCCCCUCCAUCUUGCUGCCCACCGCCCCCAGGCCCACCCUGCUCUCCUCUGGGACCUGGCCCUCAAUGGGGACCCGCAGGGCAUCCGCUGACAUCAGGAACAAGCCCAGCGAGCGCCCGCUGCAGACAGAACCUCUCGAUGUAGAACCAACACCGGCAAAUGGGGGUCAUUGCUGAAGGAACCGGGGAGUUCAAAACCAACCUGGACCCACAGGUGCCCUCUGAAGGCCUGCAUACAGGUAGCAGGCCUGCAGCCAGGUCAAGAAUGACUCUACAAGGGGCACGUCUGUGCAUUUCUCCAAGGCUGGCCAUGGCCCAUCUUGUGAGGGAAGCAGUCCCCAAAGAGCGCUCAUUUUAUUUAACCUGCCGACUUACUGCUCAUGUUUGCUUUAUAUAUGAAUUAAAGAUUAAAGAAUACUAAUCUUCGCUAUGCCA